GUGAGUUUGUUCAGAGGUCAAGAUAAUAUUCAGGUGUGUGGCAGUGGGAGUGAUGCUGGGAAACGUGGGAAACUCCUCUCACAUUCCCAGGACUGAUAAACACUCCCUGCUUGGCCGGUCCUGGCUUAGUGACCAUGAUCCUGCAACUGUGGUGGCUGAUUUUGGCUGUGGAAUGCAUCUUUACAUGCAUCUCAGGCCAGUCGUUUCCUCAGAAGAGACGGUGUGCAUUUCAAGUGACUCCUCAGAACAACAAAUACAUAACUGCUGGCAAUGUGAAUGGGUCUGUGCAGCUCUGUGAGGACUCCAAAUGCUGCGUGGGCUAUUUUCUGAUCAUCGAUGGUCACCCAGAGGUUGACCUUCUCGCUUGUGACAUGGCUGAAAAGUCAUGCCCAGAUGCAACCUGCAAGGCAAAAACACACAACAGUCGACUCAUCAAAUGUGUGUGCAACACAGACCUCUGCAACACCAACAUCACAUGGACCACAGAGUCAGAAGAGCCUCGACCCACCUACUCUUAUUCUGUAGGUAACAACAUGAAAGCUGUUGUAAUAAUUCUGACUGGAGUUUUGCUGUGCUUCAUGAUCAUUGCUGCCAAACAAAGGAGCCUAUUUAAAAAGAAAAAGAAGAAUCCACCUCUCCUCGAUGAUUACAGUGUCUCACGGCUGUGCUCCUGCCAAACAACAACAACAACCUCUGAGAUUGACGUUGCUGACCUUGAAUUGCAGCAGAUUGUGGGCCAUGGGCAUUUUGCAACUGUUUGGCAGGGGAAAUACCAGGGAUCCAUGGUGGCGGUGAAAGUUUUCCCUGGAGGCUGGAAACAUAAAUUUACUGCAGAGAAGGCGGUCUAUGAGCUCCCACUGAUGAAGCAUGCUGGGAUUGUCCACUUCCUGGGUACUGGCAGGAAACAGGAUGGAGGGAGCUGGCUCAUCGUCCUGCAAUUUGCUGAAUAUGGUUCUCUCCACUCCUAUCUGUCUAAAUACACCACCAACUGGAUGAUGUCACUGAAGUUGUGCCAGUCUUUAUCGCAGGGACUUUCCUAUCUCCACUCUGACCUUCACAGACAUGAUGUGCAUAAACCUCCUGUGGCCCACAGAGACUUAAGCAGCUCCAACGUGCUCGUGAGAGCAGAUGGUACCUGUGUGCUGUGUGAUUUCGGAUGCUCAACCAUCCUGUGUUCUUGUUCGGGACGUCGCUGCUGGCAGAGCCAUGCAACAAACAUGAAGGGUCAUGCUCAGUUGGGCACGCUGCGCUACAUGUCCCCUGAGAUCCUGGAGGGCUCUGUAAACCUGAGCAGCAGCUGGUGUCUCAUGCAGGCGGACAUCUACGCUUUGGGACUGCUGCUGUGGGAGAUCUGGAUGCGCUGCUCUGAUUUAUUUGAAGGCGGCAUCGCUCCACAGCAUCUGCUGCCUUACGAGUCUGAGCUGGGAGCCGAUGUGACACUGGACAGCCUCAUCCGAUAUGUGUUUCACAUGGACAAGAGACCCUCCAUACCUAAACACUGGGAACUGCUACCACAGGGCUCUGUGCUGCAGGAGCUCCUGACAGACUGUUGGGACGGUGACCCAGACGCCCGACUGACUGCUCGCUGUGUUGUGGACAGAUUAAUCUCUCUUCAGUCUUUUUACUCUCCAUGACUUUUUAAGUUGACCUGUUGUAAUCUACAUAUCAAGCAUUUGAACUGUGCUCUUUGUGUCUCUGUUUUUUAGUGUUUCAAAAUUAGUGAUUUAUCGAUACAUCGAUUCUGAAUCUUUGAAACAGUUUUAAUACUCAUUUUCCACAGUAUCCAUACACAUAUAUCACCUGCACUUUCUCGCUUUCUCUUGUUAAUGAUCAUUCUGCUGCUCUCUGCUACUAACCAAGAAGAGAAAAGCCA